AUGAUAAGAGCCCCCUUAAAAAUAGCUUUUCCGGCAAUCUACUCAUACAUGUUCGGUUUAUUGCAAUGCACUACUAUAUUGUUGCUUGUCUCCUGUUGUUUAAUUCCAGUGCGCUCCACUAAUUUAACCACAGUUCCUGGUACCCCCAUCACCGUUGUUGGUUUGGACAUGACUGCUUUAUCUUGCAACUAUUCGCAGCAGCCUGUCACCUCGCUUCCCAGCUUUAAUACCCUCAAAUUCUCUAACACUCACUACACAAACUCAGCUCUCAUCUACUCGACAGCCCCAAAUAUAACUAAUCCCAACCCCACCACCCACGAUAUACCUCCACUUCUAUCGCCACAAACUCAACCUACCAUUUACAGCAUCUCCCGGCCAACCAACAUUUCUUCCCUACUUCCACUAACCAUCAAUACAUCACCGAGUAUGACAGAUCAGCCACCCUCACCACCCCAACCGUCUAUUUUAGCUCAGCCCCCUGACAGUCUUGCUCUUCUCUUUGGAUAUACAAUGCCAGUUGUCAUCCAACUGAUUUCUACCCAACAAACCAUCCUCACACAUAUUUAUGCAACUCCAUCUUCUUCUAACCGUCUAAAUCCAUUAGCACUUCUGGAACAAAUAGAUCUGUUCAUGCAAGCAGUAAACUCCAUGUUCACCUUACUUCUAUACCACUCCCCGCGCACCUAUUAUUCUUAUGAGGCCCAGUCUAUCUAUGACACCAUAGGCAAGACCGCCGUGGCCUGUAAAAAUCUCCUGCACAACCACCCAACACCACCAGCCCUACCCCGACAAGCACCACCAAAUUCUCGAGGACCACGACACGCCCAGUUCACCUAUCGAGCCCGCCGUGGCCGACCCCGCCGCAAUCCAUUACCAUGA